AUGGCAAACUGGCGUUUCAUGUUACUGGUUGUUUUAACAGCAGUAGUAGUAGAAAGUACUAUUGCCAGAGACCUUCCUAGUGACACCAACAAAGCUGCUGUCGGUCUAACUGAACAAAAGAACAUUGUCAGUUUUGGUGGAUUGGGUGGCUUUUCUGGCUUUGAUAACAACGGCCAACCCAUUGGUGGUGGUGGCGCCGGACUUGGCAUAGGCACCUCCAAUGGGAUCGGAGGUGUAGGUGCUGGUUACCAAUUUGGUGGACCUGGUGCAGCUGCUGGUGGUGUAGGAACUUUUGGAGGUCUUGCUAAUGGUUUUGCUGGCUUGCCGGCUCUAGGUGGCGGUGGAAUUGGUGGUGGUGGACCUGGUGCCGGAGAUGAUUCUGGUGCAGUUCCACUUCCUUGA